GAGGCGGGGUUUUCCCCGGCUGUGGUAGUCUCGAGCCCGGUUAGUACGCAGUGAGAGAGAGCGCGAGAGCGGCAGGAUGUUUUAAGUUGUGUGUAUGAGUGUGGGUCUGAAUUUAGAUAAAGUGGUGUAAAUGGGUAACGCGCAGAAGAAGGGUUCGGGGACAAGUUCCGGUGUCGCGAGCCCGGCGCGCAGCAGAGCCCGCGAGGGAAAUCCCGGAAGCUCGGAGGCGAAGAAGACUGCGCUCGCGAACGGCGCUCACACUGCGGAGGCAGAGCGGCGGAGAGCCGAGGAGGAAACCGGAAACACCGGAACACACGGGAUAAACCUCGAUGCCCCCGCCGGGGAUCUGCCCCCUGCGCUCGCGCGCCUCAAAAACGAGGGCAACAUGCUGUUUAAGAACGGACAGUUCGGGCACGCGCUGGAGAAGUACACCCAGGCCAUAGACGGGUACACACAGUCAGGUAUUGACAGUCCUGAGGAUCUAUGUAUUUUGUACUCCAACAGAGCUGCUUGCUAUCUGAAAGAUGGGAACUGUACAGACUGCAUUCAGGACUGCACCAGUGCGCUGGAGCUCCGCCCCUUCUCCCUGAAGCCCCUCCUCCGCAGGGCGAUGGCGUACGAGUCUCUGGAGCGCUACAGUAAGGCGUACGUGGAUUACAAAACCGUCCUGCAGAUCGACUCCAGCGUACAGGCGGCUCACGACAGCGUACACAGGAUCACGAAGCAGCUGAUGGAGCAGGAUGGUCCUGACUGGAGAGAGAAGCUUCCCGAGAUUCCUAACGUUCCCAUUUCAGCGCAGCAGCACCGGAGGGAAGAAGCGAACGCUGACGUUCUCCAGGCACGAGCAGCCAGGGCUGAACAGGAGAAAGCCAGAAAAGCCGAGGCGCGUUUCACUCUGCUGAAGCAGGAAGGUAACGAUCUGGUGAAGAGAGGCGAGUUUGAGAAGGCGAUGGAGAAAUACAGCGAGUGUAUCGCUCUUAAACCCACCGAGUGCUCCAUCUACACCAACAGAGCGCUGUGUCUCCUGAAGCUGGACCGUUUUGCCGAGGCGAGGCAGGACUGUGACUCUGCGCUACAGAUGGAGCCGGACAAUAAGAAAGCGUUUUACAGACGUGCGCUCGCUCACAAAGGCCUGAAGGACUUCCUAUCGUCCAGCUCUGACCUGCAGGAGGUUCUGCGUUUGGACCCGAACGUCCGUGAGGCUGAACAGGAGCUACAGGAGGUCACGGUUCUGCUGAGGGAGAGUCUGCUGGAGUCAAACACUCGGGUUGAAGGAAGAAAUUGUCCUGGCGUUACGAUGAUGAUGAUGAUGAUGAUGAUGAUGAUGACGAUGACGAUGAUGAAUUCUCCUCCCGGAGCUCGGCGGCGUUUCUACAUCACUGUUCUCCUCUCGUUCUUCUCAGGCUGAUGAUCUACACGCUGACCACAAACCAUCAGAACAGCUGCACACGUCUUCCAGCAGAACCAUACGCUUCAGCCGAGAGACAGAAACACACACGCGCACACACACACACACGCACACACACACACGAGGAUGCCCUCGUGUCCUGCACGUUCCUCCUUCAUUCAGGAAGGAGAUGAUGAAGAUGAAUUGUUAGAGGUGAUGCAGGAGAUGAUCAGCGUGGCCAUGUGCUGAUAUUCAAACCCCAAACUGUCCCAGCAUGACGCUUUACCCGCCGCUUAUUAUUAUUAUUAUUAUUAUAAUAUUCACACUGUCUCUUCCUUUCAGUAGACAGAAUCCUGCUCUGAAUCGUUAAAUAAAUGAACAUAGAAAAUCGACGGAAAAUGAAACCAGUAAAGAACAAAGUCAUGUUUAAUUCUCUAUCUAACCUUUUAGGGGGGGGUUAAUGUAUAAAAUUAAAAAUUAUUUAUGUAUAAAAUUAUUAAGUAAAGCCUAAAUAAAGUGGA